GUCUGGAUGAAUCGCACUGGGGGUUUCGGGAGGCGGUGGUGGAGCCGGACUCAGACUCAGACUCAGGGAAAGGGCAGCUGCUUGCAGAUGAACCAGAUAUGGAAACAAAUAUGGACAGGAAGUGUGACUCGGACAGCUGUCAUGCAUGGACACUCCUGUUUUUUCAUACGAAGACUUGUGACUGACUCAACGUCACAUCUCUCUAGUGCAGUGACCUGGUAUGAUAUACAGCUAAAGGAACAGAUACAGAAACAUAGGCAGCAUUUGAAAAAAGACAAUGCUGUUAGUAUCCUCCGGAAUCCAGGUGUCCUGGUGCUCCGAAAACUGACUAAAGAUGACCUCCUGGAAUUGCUAGCAUCCAGUGUGGUAUACCAGGAAAAUCCUCUGAUCGCCAUCAAUAAACCUUCAGGGCUCCCCAUCACAGGUAAAGACCUCUCUUUGAGCUCACUGCUUCCAGAACUUCAGCAGCGAUUGCAUCUUUCAAAAGAGCUCCACAUUGUAAAAGCAAGUAGCAGGGACUAUUCUGGCCUGGUGCUGCUUUCCACCUGUCAUCAAACCACCAAGCACAUCGAGGAUGCCUUCAUACGGGCUCGGAGAAAGAAGGAAGCGUUCACCAGUUACUGUGCAGUGACAGUGGGUGUUCCAGAACCUGCAGAGGGAGAAAUCAGUGUUGCUUUGAAAAAACAGAACAUUGGGGAGCAUGAGCUGGUGGUUCCUGUGUUUCAUCCCACUCCUGGAAACUUUCAGCGGAAGGAAGUAAAGAAGGCUGUUACACGGUACAAGGUUCUGGAUACUACAGAUGGCUGUGCAUUGGUACAGCUUCAGCCUCUCGCAUCCUUUGAGAGUCUGUUGCAGGUCCACCUCACUGUUAAACUCUGUGCUGUUCUUGGGGAUCAUGUGCAUUCUGCGCGGCUGGGGAAGGUGCUUGGAGUUCCCUUCUGCCUCCCAGUGGAAUCAGCGAUUCCUCGAACUCAGGUAUUGGAUAAAUCCUUGCUGCGGAAGCUGCAUUUUGACCAGAAACAGAUGUGGAAAAUGCCUCUUCACCUUCACUUACACAAACUUUUAAUUCCACCUUUUGAAACUAAGAAAUCAGAGACAGUGAUUACAGGCGCUCCUCCAGCAUACUUUCUUAGGACUCUUGAACUCUUGGGUUUAACAAUGAAUGAGUUUGCUGAAGAAAAUAUAACAAAAAGAAAGUAAGGAACUGUAUGUAUUCAGUAAUAGUUCAAGCCAGUACUCUGGGAUAAAGACGUUGCUGCAUCUCUGUGCUGUUUAUUUUGUAGUAAAAUCCAACUGUAAAUGCUGGUUAUAAAUUCACAAGAUCAGGGAUAUUUCUUCACUGACAUGCAACAAGGAAAUGCACCUGAAUAACUGCAGCUUCCAGAUGAGGUGUGUUGUCAAUGUAUCUAUUCCACAGAACAAUGGGAACAAUUAAUUAUCUGCAAUACGAAUGACUCUAGAGAUUUGGUGCAAUAUUUACCAAAACCCAAUUUUAUCCAGAAAUAAUCAUGGUGCGUCAUACCUUAAUGCUCAGGAAAGUAAAAACAGCCAGAGUUUCUCAUUUCUGAUAGCUAAUGACCGCAAUGAACAAUAUACCUACGUAGAUGGUGGGUGAAAAUAUAAUCAUGUGUGCAGAGUGCUCCUGUGGCCUGUUGACACUCAUUGUCUAAACUUAGAUGAAGAAUGGCCACUUGAGCAAGAUAGGGAAAGCUUCCUAUUGCCGUAUCCCAGAUAAAGAGUCAGCAGGUUCAGGAAGAAAGAGUUUAAAAAGAAAAAGAUCAUGGGAAAGAGCAGACUGUGAUGCUGAACCAAUAAGUGGUACACUCCAAAGAGUUGCGAAUCCCACUAACUGCUGCAGAAAAAUUUUGAGGAAAAGACAGGGACAGUUGUUCCUAGGUUGCUAUCUUUGGUGUCCUUACUGACCCUGUUGUUCCAGGCAGAAGCAUGGGAGUAAUUCACUUUACCCACUUGUGGCCACAUAUGGUCCAUAUCCUGAAGGUAGAACAAGCUGGGUUGAUUCCAGUCUCACAUAAACACAAAACGUUAAAGCUGUGUAAAAAUGUCCAAGUGUAGAAAGGGUUAAUUUGGCAGUGGCCAGACAGAAGUAGUUUUAUAAAGAAAUCAAAUUGCUAGCUGCCCGUGCUGCCAGAAUUUGGUAGAGGUAUUUAAAAUCUGGACGGAUUUUAAUUAGAGUAAAUAAAGAGAAACGGUUUCCACUGACUGAAGAGUCGAUGACCAGAGGGCAAGGAUUUAAGCUGAUUGGCAGAAGAACCAGAGGUGACAUGAAGGAAGUCUUUUACACAAUGAGCGGUUAGUAUUUGAAAUGCACCACCUGGGAGAGUAGCAGAUACAGAUUUAGUAGCAGAGUUCAAAAGAGAAUUGGAUAAAUACUUGAAA